AUGACGAAUAACCAUAAUCCACAACACCAGCAUCAACAAGAAUUUACAGACGAGGAAAUAAAAAAAACUACAUUCUCUUCACCGCCAUCAACAGCAGUCGAAGAUGAUGACAAAAUAGGAGAACUCCUUGGAAGCAAGCCUCUUAUUACCGAUGUCAAAGGCAGUGGUAAAAAAGCAUCGAUAUCUACCAAACCGAAAAAAGCGGAAAGCGCCUUUAAUCUUGUGACGAAUCGAAUAUUAAGAUUCAUCAUGGCCAUUCAAAUUUUCACUUGGUUCAUCAACGCCUUAACCUACUACGGUCUUUUCUUGACGUCUUCAUCACUUGCUGGUGACAGGUUCUUAAACUUCUUUCUAAUAGCACUCAGUGAAUUACUAUCUCUGAUCGUCAUGUGGAAAGCUUUUGCCUGGUUUGGCCGAAAGAAAAGUAUAGUCAUGUUCCUUUCAAUUGCAAUAUGUUCCCUUCUUACUGCGACAGCAGUCAAUAUUCUGGUCGGUAAGUCACCAUAUCUUUAUAUUAUUAAUUCAAAUUGA